CCUCUCACAGCUUACGCAGCUCACAAGUCUGAUCUCCCGUACGUAUCUGUCCACACCAACACGAAAGGCGCCACAUGAAGGUCUGUCUGAUCUCGCCCGCACUCCGGAAAAAAGACACACAUAGCAUAGAGCCACUCAGCCAGGUCGACACACAACACACAUCCGAUUGACGCGCGGCCGAAGCGCUUCCGCUGACUUGACUAACAAACAAACACACCUCCCGCACAUACGAGGAAACAACACACACCACACCCACGGGACCACCGCGGCCGCAGACACACUGGCACACGUGAGGAAAAAACACACAUCGAGUACGGACGGACGUAUGGACACUAAUAAAUGCAUAUUCACCACCACGAGAGAUCAGAUCAGUCAUUUAUGUCACACGGAGCACGAGCAUCUCAUCGGCCUUGUAUGUGUCGUGUCCGGCCAGGAGGGCGGAGUUGUUGUAUCCCCGCACCCCGCUAUAGCCAUCAGGCACGUCGGGGGCCUUGAUGAACUGCAUCAUCGAAUCGAGACCAACGCUGCUCUGCAGACACACAGACAGACAGACAGACAGACAGACGGACAGGCAGGCAGGCAGCAGCAGCACACAUGAGAGACGGCGUGCAGUGGAUCUGUCCAUUUAUCUCCCCUUAAUUGCGUGGAGUCAGUCAUGUGUACGUACAUCGGUAUCGUUGUCCGGCGUCCAUCCGAUGCUGAGGUACUGCAUGUAGGAUAUGACCAGGUGCGCGACGCCCCACCAAAGGGGCGCCCUAGCUGACCCACGACGUGACACAGACACGCCCUGCAUGUUCACUGCACACACACACCAAAAAGCAGACACAUCACAUACAUGACACACAGACAGACAGAAGGUCGUGUGAAGGUGCGCUCUCUAUACCCACCGUCUCCGAUCGGCAUUCUUGUGGGCGCAUCGAAGUGGCCUUCGAGUGAGAAGAAGCACAUCGGACAAUCGAAGGCGAUGUAGUCCUGUUCGACAGGAUGCUCAGCAGGCAGCCGCAAACCGCAGUCCAGGAAGCAGCCGAAAGUGUAGCGGUCUUUCCAUAUCACCAACACCAGACCACCUACGUCAACACGUGAAUGUACGUAUCGCACUGCUGGGAGUCUACAAUUAAUCAAUUCGCCACUUACACGUACCUGCGCCGUCGACGACUUUGUCGACAAAGUCGUCGUAAGACCAGGCUUCACUAGUGCCGCUGCAGUGCACGGCACACAAACGGAUGUCUGUUGUUCGAUGCUUGUACGCACGUACGUGUAGAGGAGCUGCAGCGACGUGCCUUGGCCAAUCCAGUCCGUCAGCACAGCCUCCUGCUCAGCUGUCAGCAUGGGUGUGGGGGACGCCUGCACAUACACACGCAGAGCGGACGGAUCGCGAAGCCGAGGCUUCAAUUGAGGAAUUGAUGAUGGCUGUUCGAUGCAGGUAGGUAGGUAUGCAAGCAUCGGUUGCUCGCCUACUCACUGGUGUUGGUGGUGGCUGUGUGGUGACUGACGGAUCUGCAUGGAUACGCAAGAUAAUAAGCAAGACAAGACAUAUGAUGUGCAUUCUUUAUUGCGCUCCCUGUACGAUCGGAUGGAUGGCCACCCAUGCACCUUAAUUACCUUUCUCGACGCACUGAGGCACGCCUUUCUCAGCUCCCUCCUCGCGAUGCACCUGCAUAUAUGACACGGGCAUGUGUGUAGGCAGGCGAAUAGGCUUUUCACAGACACCCAUAGAGUCGCACUGACUGUCGGCAUGGGUGCAUACCUGACAGUCAUGAUCCUGGGGGCAUUCGUGGUCCAAACACAGACUCUCACAUCGCCCAAACGAGGUGCCGUCGUGAUUUACGCAGGUUUCAUUCCACAGACAAUACGGGGACAGGUCGUUGCAAUAAAGGCCUACACACACACACGCACAAACGCAGAUCCAUCCCAUCCACCCAUGCCUCAACCUGUCUGUCGGGCGUCGGGCGUGAGGCGUGUGUUCACUACACUACGUGUGGAUGUAUGGCCAUCCGACCUGGAUCACAAUCUCCUCCGUCGAACUCACACGCAUAACUGUAGCACUCCAAGUCACACUCCUCGUCCUUCCAGUACCCCCUCUCACGACACACGCCAUGACACGUCGACGGCAUCUCAGCACCUGCAGGCAUAACAAGACAGACAGGCCCGACACGGAGAACACUCAUUCUUGCUGGCACCGAUCGGCCCGCCAGCUAGGCACCUUACCUUUCUCGACGCACUUAGGCACGCCCUUCUCAGCUCCUUCCUCGCGAUGCACCUGCAUAUAUGACACGGGCAUGAACGAAUGAAUGAAUGAAUAGAUUGCUUCUCACAUAUACACAUACACACAAAGGCUGAUUGGUUGUCUGUCGGUGUGCGUACAUGACACUCGUGGUUUGGCUGUGAGCAUUCAGUGCCCAGACAUAGGCUCUCACAUCGACCGUUGACACACGUUUCGUUCCACAGGCAGUAGGGGGACACAUCAUUACAAGAAGCCCCCUGCAGUGCACGCACACACACCCCACGUAUGGCGUGUGUUCACUACGUGUGAAUGGACCAUCAUGGAUGAAGUGAAUGUGUCAAACUAGAAAAGCGAACGCAUCAUCGAGCGUCAUACCUGUGCAGUCUCCUCCGUCGAAGCCACACGCAUAGUUGUUACACUCAAAGUCACAGAGGCCAUCCUUCCAGUAGUUCUCCUCACGACACACACCGUCACACGUCGACGGCAUCUCUGCAACAAGCAAAGCAAAGCACAACACUUGAGCCAGCCUGCUUUGUGAUGUAUCUUCCGGCUAGCUUGCCAUCUGCCGAUUCUUCGCCUUGCCUUCGCCUGACAGUGUGCCUGAGUGAUCGGCUGGCCUUUCUCCUUCCCUCGGUGUACAUGCUGAGCAACGCAGCCUCCAUCAACAAGAAACACGACCAGGUGGUGCCAGAUCUCAUGCCUAUCACACUUGACUGCGCCGACUACACCCAAAACGGGGAAUAGACAGCGAGAUCCUAGUGUGCCGGCGCUCCCUCGGCCCCAUGAGCUUAGCUCGCGAACUGCGUCCCCAGUUUCCCUUCACUCCCGCCCCGAGUCCCCCAGCAGGAUGCGAAGACCUAUGGUAUCGGCGCUGGGCAUUUGCUGAAAACAUCCAUCCACUGGCAGGGACUCCGAGUUGCCUGCAGGCGGCACUGCACAGGCCAACAGGUCGGGUGUGCCCAACACCUGCAGCUUUAUGCAAUG